AUGCCUGCGCUGGGAAGUCAAAAUGACAUUUCAUACAAGGAGUACAACUUGACAACCAAAGUCGAUCACUUCACUUUCCGAGACAACCGGACGUACCAGCUGCGGUACGCGAUCGCCGACCAGUUCUGGGACAGAAAAGGGGGCCCCGUGUUUUUUUACACUGGCAACGAGGACCCCUACGAGACCUUCAUAAAGGAAACGGGCGUUAUCUGGGAAUGGGCGCCUGACUUCAAAGCCCUUAUUGUGUUUGCUGAACAUCGGUUCUACGGAAAAUCUUUGCCAUUCGGCGAUGAGUCCUAUCAGAGUCCCAAAAACCUUGGAUACCUAACUUCGGAACAGGCGCUGGCCGACUACGCUUACUUGGUGGUCUAUUUGAAGACUACUUUAGCUGGAGCGGCAAAGAGUCAGUUUGUAGCCUUCGGUGGCUCAUAUGGAGGCAUGCUGGCUGCCUGGUUCAGGAUCAAGUACCCGCACCUCAUUGCGGCGUGA